AUGGUGAACCUCAGCAAUAGUAACACUAGCAACCGGGUGGAAGAAAAUGAGAACCCGCUGGCCGCCGGUAGAGGCGGUGGAGCCACCGGGUCGUGGGGCCACACUGGUUCCGGCCAGUCCAUUUCGACUAGCGGCAGUGUCGGGUCUCCAUCCAGCCGGAGUGAGGCCACAGUGGCGGCUCCAGCUGGCGACAGCACGUUUCUCUUGUUGAACAAUCUCGAUAUCCAAGGGGAUGAUGCUGGAUUUCAGGGGACUCCUAGCAGCAGGAGGAAGAAGAGAGGACAACGAGCAGUUGGAGGUGAUAAGAAUGGUCGGGGGCUUCGUCAGUUUAGCAUGAAAGUGUGUGAGAAAGUGGAAAGCAAAGGGAGAACUACAUAUAAUGAGGUGGCUGAUGCACUGGUUGCCGAAUUCACUGAACCUUGCAACGACCUUUCAUCACCCGACCAGCAACAAUAUGAUGAGAAAAACAUACGUCGAAGAGUAUAUGAUGCUCUAAACGUGCUAAUGGCUAUGGAUAUUAUCUCUAAAGAUAAAAAGGAGAUACAGUGGAAAGGUCUACCACGGACUAGUUUGGAUGACAUUGAUGAAUUCAAGGCCGAACGUCUUGGACUUCGAAAUCGCAUUGAGAAGAAAGCAGCUUAUCUGGAAGAGCUUGAGGAACAAUACAUUGGUCUUCAAAAACUCGUACUGCGCAAUAAGCAACUGUAUGGCUCGGGAAAUGCUCCGAAUGGUGGAGUUGCAUUGCCUUUCAUAUUGGUCAAGACCCGCCCUCAUGCUACGGUGGAGGUGGAAAUAUCAGAAGACAUGCAGCUGGUGCAUUUUGAUUUUAGUAGCACCCCUUUUGAGCUGCACGAUGAUAAUUACGUUCUGAAGGCAAUGAAGUUGUGUGGAAAACCACAAAAUAACGGUGCGCCACAAUAUAUUCAGACCAGUAGAGGCGAGAGCUCGAGCAUGGUCGACAUGUAUCAAUCCCAAAUGGCUCAUAAAUCCAGGUCAAAUUCAAUCAGUAGGCCACCCCACUCUACCCCUCUACCCGGAAUAUUAAAGGCACGUGUUAAGCACGAGCAAUAG